AUGGCGGAAGAAGUAGCGAGCAAGAGGAUCAAGACGGAGAAGGACCAUGGAGCGGGGCCGGAGCCGGACGGGGCGGCGGCGGAAGGGGGCAGGUCGGAUGGCGAGAUAUUCGUCAAGAUACAGUCCGAGGUCCUCUGCUGCAGGAUCUGCCUCGAGCCCCUCAAGCCACCCGUCUUCAAGUGCGAGGCUGGACAUGUUUUGUGUUCUGUGUGCAUGGAAAAGCUCCGCGAGGUUGGGUCUGUUUUAGGAUUGGGCAUUUUUUGUGAUGUGUGUCGCAAAAAUACUAACUACUGCCGUUGCGUCGAACUCGAGCAAGUCAUCGACGCCAUCAAAGUGCCAUGCUCAAACCAGACAUAUGGCUGCAAUGAGUCCAUCAUCUACCACGAGAAAGAGAAACAUGAAACUGAAUGUACACAUGCUCCAUGCUACUGCCCAGAGAAUGACUGUGAUUUCAGAGGGGGAACAUGUUGUCUUCUGGACCACUUCGUCACAGCGCACGGCUGGUCGCCGACCAACUUCAGCUACAACAAACCACUGAAGAUAUCCGUUGCUCGUGACCACCGGUUCACGCUCCUCGUCGGGGAAGACCAAACCAUGUUCCUCCUGACCAAUACUCCGACGGAAAUCGGCAGCGCUAUCACCAUGGUCUGCAUCCGGCCUCAUGAAUCUGAACCGAGCUAUUCAUGCAACAUAUCGGCUGCUCAGGUUGUUGCUGGUGGAAAAGCCGAAGGGAGGCUUGUGUUCCAGAAGGAUCCUCUUGUGUCAAGCAACUCGCUGGUGGGUGGAGUUCAGUUGGGCAAGUUCUUCCUGCUGGUUCCCCCUGAACUCGCUGAUCGCUCAUCUGGUGAACUCACCUUACACAUCCGUGUUGACAGACUGGCGCCAUAG